AUCACCUUGCAUACUCGGUCUUCAGUCAAUCCCCCGUCUCUGCAACUCUCUGCAAACUACCCUCCAGAAUUCAAAUUCACCUCCGAUUUCAAAUGCAUUGAUUGAUGAUAUGGCAGAAAUGAAUCAUUUCAACACUAGCAAUAGUAAGAUGCCCUUGGACAUUAACUGGGGAUUGCUCUUAGAUGACUCUGUCGACGAUCGUCCACCGGACAUCGUCAUCACCCCCGCCGAGAAAUCGAAGGGCCGCGGUGGAGACCUGCAACAACCUGAAAUGGAAGAGGAAGACCCGGAGUACCGAAUGAAAACGGAUGGCGAACUUGAAGGCUUGAGAGUGAGGACAAAGAGUAACAUUUUGAUGCUAGGUCCUAAGUUGUCGGAUAAGGGAGAGAAACUCAAGGCAACGCUACGGAGAUGCGAAGCGGAAGUCGAACGACGAAAGAGAAACCGUUUGUGCAAGGGUAGUACUACCAGAUAUAAGGAGACUUUACAACUUUCUAAUGAAAGUGAUGAUGGUGUAUCAUGUGGGAAAAAGAAAAGUGAUCAGAAAUCUUCAGCUUCACCAAACUUUACAAAACUAUUUUCUCAAAAGCUAGAUGAAGAUAAGACAUCAAGAACUGUCAAUGCAUUUCAAGGUGAAUUGUCUUUCUUUAAACCCUUUCAAGGAAAAAAGAUGAAGCAAAGUUGUCAGCAUUUAUCUUCAAGAUCAAAACAAUUUAGAUGCUCAACUAGUUUCAAAAAAGAUAGUGAGAAACAGAGAAGCUCAAAUGCUGAUAAAAAAGUUAGUCAUUCUGCUACCUCUUCUUCUUCCAGAAAUAUGUCAAGCUCUUCCCUCAAGGCAAAUGCUCCUAUUAACCAACCUUCAAGAAAAUUGAAGCAUACACAUGUAUCAUCAGUUUAUCAUCUGGUAGAUGAGGAGGAGCCUCUUGAAGAAAAUAUGGAUGAUUGGGCACAUGCUCCUCAAAACCUGCCUCCAAAAAAAUUGAAGCCUAAACAUGUAUCGGCUUAUUGUCUGGUUGAUGAGGAGCCUCUUUCAGAAAAUGAUGAUGACUGGUCGCAUGCUCCUCACACUCACAGCCCACCUUCAAGAAAAUCAAGACCUAAAGAUCGUUCAGCUUAUGAGGAGCCUGUUGCAGAAAUAUUAGAUGACUGUAUGCAAGAUGUUAUAGUCUACUACCCUUCAAGGGAUGACCAUGAUUCAGUUGAAGUUAAUUAUAGAGAUAUGACAUGUCUUGCUCCUCAAGCAUACCUUUCAUCAACUAUUAUGAACUUUUAUAUAAGAUAUCUUCAGGAGAUGACAUCAUCAGAAAACAUGAUGGACAAUUUUCAUUUCUUUAAUACGUAUUUCUAUAACAAACUCCAAAAGCUGAGUUAUAAGGAAGAUUCAUUUCUUAAGUUCAGAAAAUGGUGGAAAGGUGUCAACAUAUUUAAUAAACCUUAUAUACUUCUUCCAAUACAUGACAAGGUUCAUUGGAGUUUGUGUAUUAUAUGUUUUCCAACCAAGAAAAAUGAAUUAGGCCCAAUUGUGCUUCAUUUGGAUUCACUUGGACUUCAUGAUAGCAGAUCAAUUUUCAAAAACAUUAAAAGGUUUGUGAAAGAAGAGUGGAGGUAUCUAAAAAAUUCAGAAGAGAAUUUAAAUCUAAAAAUCACAGAUGAAAUUUGGGAAAAUCUUGAUAGUAGAAUGGAUGAUAGAAGAAUUUCGGUUCCACAGCAGAGAAACGAGUAUGAUUGUGGGCUGUUUGUUCUUUAUUACAUGGAACGUUUCAUUAAAGAAGCUCCCGAGAGAUUUAAGGAGAAAGAUUUAUCCAUGUUUGGGAAACAAUGGUUCAUGCCUCAAGAAGCUUCCAAUUUAAGAAGAAGAAUAAGUAAUCUACUUGUACAACAAUUCAAAAUUGCAAAACAAAAGGAAACCAUCUCGUCUUCUGUAUAGAUUUUUGAAGGCCUUAAAAAAGGUGAAUUUUUGGUGUUUUAUAUGUUACAAUACUAUAAAUAGUAAUGGGAAUUGGGAAGUGAAGUGAUGGUAGGAUCAUCGGUUUUUGGAGGUUAUUAUAUUUUUGAUUAAUUAAUACAUAGUUUUAAAAGGGUUGUUGAAGGUUAAUUGUAAGUAAGAUGAAGGUAUUUAAGUUAAAGCUUUAUUUAGAGGGCUAUUUGGCGUUUAUGUAUAUGUUUAUGUGAUAAUUUUUUGAUCGAUAAGUUGUCUGGUUACCAAAU